CAAGAAGAGAAACAAAAACAUACUACAAUAUUAGCAAUUAAUUGAAAGAAGAAAGGGAAAAAGAUGCCGAUAUACAGAAUAGCAAUAGGAAAUCCAGGAGAGGCUAGCAAUCCAGAUGCAAUUAGAGCAGCCCUUGCUGAAUUCUUCUCUAUGAUUAUUUUCGUCUUCGCCGGACAAGGUUCCGGCAUGGCCUUCAGCAAACUGAACGACAACGGGACGAUGCCGUCGACAGGGGUAAUAGCAGCAUCAUUAGCACAUGCAUUCGGACUGAUAGUAGCAGUCGCAGUUGGUGCAAACAUAUCAGGAGGACAUGUUAAUCCUGCUGUUACCUUUGGUGCCUUCAUUGCUGGUCACAUUACUUUGUUACGCGCCAUUUUGUAUUGGAUUGGUCAAUUGUUUGGCUCCGUUGUUGCUUGCUUCCUUAUCCAAUACGCCACCGGCGGCAUGGCAGUAUCAGCAUUUGCACUAUCAUCAGGGGUUUCUUCAUGGAAUGCAUUAGUGUUCGAGAUUGUAAUGACAUUUGGGCUGGUCUACACAGUCUAUGCCACAGCUGUUGACCCAAAGAAAGGCAAUUUGGGCAUAAUCGCCCCAAUUGCAAUUGGGCUCAUUGUUGGGGCCAAUAUCUUGGCUGGUGGACCUUUUGAUGGGGCAUCAAUGAACCCAGCAGUCACAUUCGGACCCGCCGUUGUUAGCUGGACUUGGACUCACCAUUGGGUUUACUGGCUCGGCCCAUUUAUUGGGGCAGCCCUUGCUGCUAUUAUCUAUGACCACAUUUUCAUUGGUGAUGAUGAGUACUCUCACCAGCCACUCCCAACUGAUUAUUAAGUGAAAUUUAGGGCUCGUUCGGAAUCACAGUAAGGUUCUCGAACAUGCAUGCCCUUAGUUUCUAAAUGGGAAUAAAUUUAGGGUUGAAGUUCCAAAAGUCAUUAUGAACUCGAGCUAAUGGCCCUGAGAAGGCACAAUUUUAUUUUAUUUUUUUUUUUUUUUUUUUUUUUUUUUUUUUGGAUUUGUGUGUCAGGUGUGAAAUUAUAUUGAUUUAAUUUGUAAUGAUUGGUAUCAACAAGUCAGAAGUUGGUGAAUUUCAUUGGUGUCUACAGUCUUCUAAUGUUUGUACUUAAUUAUUCAAAGUAAUUCCAUAACUAUGGAUUAUGGUGAUUUCAAUAGAAUUAUUGUUAGUUCAAGCUAUAUGAAUCAAGUUGUUGCAGUUUAAUCAUGUUGCACUAGUUUAAAAGGAUAACAUUUAUAUGAAAGAAAUGAA